AUGUCUGCUGACGAUUUCUAUAACAGAGGCGGUGACGAAGGCUACAACGGUGGCUACAACGGUGGCUACAACGGUGGCUACAGCGGCGAAGGUGAUUUCAACGCUAAUAACGAAAACGGUGGCGGUGAAAGAGGAUUAUUCCACCACAACAAGGAAGGCGGUGAACACCAUCACCAUUUUAUGAGUGAAUUGAUUGGUGGUGUCGCAGGUGCAUACGGUGGAUCAAAGGUCAGCCCUAACCAUGCUAAACUAGGUGGUGUCAUUGGUGCCAUUGGUGGUGCAUGGGCCGGUAAAGAAGCCGGUGAAGGCAUUGAAGAACACCGUGAACACAAGCAUGAGAGACGUGAAGAAGGAUGGGAAGGACGUGAAGAUAGACCUGAAAACAGAUAUGAAAACAGACAUGAAAACAGACACGAAAACAAGCAUGAAAGACGCGAGGAGAGACGUGAGGAAAGACGUGAUGAUUUCGGUGGCGGCGGCUACGGCGGCGGCUACGGUGGCGGCGACAACUUUGGUGGUAGUAAUAACUACGGCGGUGGCGGCUACGGCGGUGGCAAUAGCUACGGCGGUGGUGAAAACUACGGCGGUGGUAACAACUACGGUGGUGGUGAAAACUACGGUGGUGGCAGAUGGUAA